AUGGGCCGGGGACACCGUGAGGGUGAAUGGCGACGAUGGCCCAAAGGAUCUGGUGGCGAUGCUGGUGGGUGGCAUGGUUAUCGGUCCGAGGACAAGUGGAACCGACAACGUGGAGACCGAGAAGCACCCCGGCACCCAACCUUGGAAACAGUUGUGGUGCCCCAAGACGACAGAGCUUUGGCAUCCGGCUCUACCAGCAAGAGUGCUGGGACAGUGGCGGCGGCUGCGGCUGGAAGCUUGGUGAAGGGAGUGCAGCGCCAGGUGAAUACGGUCCGCAAGUGCGAGACCAAGAUCCGCAAGAACGAGGCGGACUCGAAAGAUCUGGAGCAGCGUUGGGCUGCCUUCAAGGAGGAGAUGAAGGCCAACUUCGUGAAGGAGAGGAACAAGUACAAGGAGCGACAAGCGGCCUUGGAAAGCGAAGGACAGGAACAAAGGGAGGCCCUUGCGGAUGCCCUUGUGGAGCUACAGACGGCCAUUGCCAACGAGGAGGAGAGCAAGCCGGUCAAGCCAGAUCCGGGACAGAUGGAGGCCGAGGACGAAUGGGACAAGCUCCUACGAUCGCCGGAGCCGGACAGUCAGGGCUUGUCUGGGUUGCUGGACGCAGCCUUGAAACUGGCCUCGACUUCUCGCAAGGAUGCCAGGACCAAGCUCCUUGCGGCUCUGGCCGAGAAGCAGGAUAUGAUCAGCACGCCGCCGAGGAGGACCACAAGGCUGCCAGAGCAUACACCCCCGGAAGACGAUCGCCGACGACGGAGGACCAGCCCGGUAAACAUGGAUGUGGAGAUCAAGGACGAGCCGGCGAACACCUACAGUGGUGGAGCUGGGACUGGGCCACCGGACCCGUACAUCAAGUCUCCGUCUACCCGUGCCAACAUUCCGGAACCGAGCCACCGAUCCAGACACAGCCAACCGAGGAUGGCCGUCAAGCAGGUUGGCCGCACUCCGAGCUCAACACCCCUGAGAGGGACCUCGCUAUCGGAAAAGUUGGAACAGCGAAGACGGGGUGCACUGGAAGAACUGGAUGUGCUCUCCUCCGAGGAAGAGAAGGUCGAGGAAGAUGCCACCAACAAUACUGGCGAGACGCUGAUCGACCCGACAAGGAAUAUGAAGUAUGAUGAUCGAACUACCAGGCGGAGUACUGGGAUGCACAAUGGUAUGGGCAGCUUUUUCGGCCAGUCUGCCACCAUUGUCGAUUUUGACAUUAAUAUGAACGCAGGGCCCAAUGCAAGCCCCGGGCGUGGUUCCUUUGAAGAGGCCAGUGACAGAAUGACAUGGAAAAGGGCAUAUGAUGUGCUUGAUUACGUUGAGUUCUGGAAUGAUCUGGUAUGGGACUAUCGAUGGUCUAUGAUGGAGGCUCUAAGGGAGGCUGUUGUCCCAGUGGGAAGGACAAUGUCCCUUCUCUUGACUGUAUGUUUGCUUGACCUCUACCGAAGAGGUAUGAAGAAAACAUGCCAGCCUCGACGAGUUGCACGCGGCAGAGUGAUGCAUGGACAGCGGAACCUGCUGCUGGCCUUUGCGAUGCUCACAGUGGCCCAGGCCACUAGCGGAGAGCAAAGCCGGGCGACAAGAGGUCGGGUUGCGCCUGCCACGGAUGUUGAACUUUGGAUGGCAGGUCAAAGUACCAGAGCGGAGCAGAUGCAGCAAGCUACGCAACGAUGGAUACUUGAUUUGCCCUUGGAGCAUUCUGCGGGUCAAGCGGAGAUCCCUGACCACUGGGCGCAACCUCCACCCCCAGUGGCCAAUAACCAGCUGGCCCAGCGACAAGCGAUCCAUAUCUCAAUCUGGGUUGCAGCGCCGUACUACGAGGCGGAAACCAUCGAUGUUGGGGUGGCUUUUCCGCUAACAAUGGACCGCCUCCAUGAUGUGAUCGAGUGGAACACGCUGAGGAUCCCGGAGUACAUCAACCAGUUUACCCCGGUGUACCCGCAGAUCAAUGAGGACUUCGUGUGCUAUGUUGCCAGCCCGCCCUGGCUAUCGGCUGUUCACAAGUUCUGCCUGCUCCUUGACUGUACAAGAGCGGGAGGCACGGCCUAUGCCAUCUACUGUGAGGCCCCGGUUACCAAGAGGAUGAUCCUGGACCAGGUGUCCCUCGAUGAUGUAGCUGAACUGGAGGUGUUCCUAUUUGGGCAGCUUCAGCCUCUGGGAGAUCUUGAUAGACGCGAGCCUAUCAUGGGGGGCACUGUUCAAGUGCUGCCUCGAGGAGUCCCGUGUGAAUGGGCAAGCGACAUCGAUGAAAGACUACAGGAUGAGAGAAGAUGGCGACCGGACACAGACCAACCUGGCCCACUUCCUGGAAGGCAUUGUAUUUACCAGGGAGCCUCUGAGCAAAUCAUUGUCCCGGUCAAUGGCGAGGAAGAUGAUGGCUUCCAUCUUGAGGCGGGAAUAGAAGAACUUGGCCUUGAGGAGAACAGCUGGGCUAUGGUUCCGGCGACUGUGCCCCAGCACCUGGCCCAUGGGGGCAAACAGGUGCACAAUCUUAUUGCCAUUGUAGAGGAGUCCAACACCCCUCGACUUGGAGUGACCAUGGCCUUCCUUGACCUCCGCGGCCUGGCGUUCUUUCCACAAUGGAUGGCGAUAUAUGGGGAUAGUUUCGACCCUUAUGCCUACCUGGAAGACAUCCAGUUCCCAAACAUGGAGGGGUGGCAGUUUGUAGUCACAGGCGGAGACCCAAUGGGGGAGGAUAACCACAUCCGAGUUCAUGAUGGCGAACUCCUGACAUUUCACCUUGAACUUGCCGAGCCGAGCCCAAGAUCCGAGGAAGGACAAAGUGAACAAGGUGAAGAGUCGGAUAGUGACGACGAUAGCUCGGACGAUAUGAACAACCUACCGAGCUCGGACCCGGACGCCCCGCCACCAGAACCGGGAGAGCUUCACCAGAACCUCCAGGUGUAUGACCUCACUGAGAACACUCUUCCAUGGGCCCAGUUGCACCCCAACGCGGCUGCAGCGGUGAAGGAAUCAGUGCAUUGGGCCGAUUUGUUGCCAUAUGCAGCCCAGGGACAAGGGGAGUUCCACUUGUACACCGACGGAUCUGCCAAUGAAACAUUGCGGCAGAGUGGUUAUGCGGUGGUGGUGCUGUUCCGUAUGGGAAUGGCAGUGGCUAUCCUGGGUUUACUUGGUGAACAGCUGAUGGGCAAUGAAGUGUCGGGAUGGACAGCUGGAGAACAUCUAGCCCUACACGCAGAACAGGUGGCCUUGGCUACGGCGAUGUUAUGGGUGCUUCAGAUGCGAGCGGUGAUACCGCAUCUGUCCAGUUUCAUCCACAUCGACUGUAUGGCAGCUGGACAUGCUGCGACUGGAACAUGGGAUCCUAUGAAUUUCAUGGGGUCACAGACACGUGAUCUGGAAUUGCUGAUGCAAGAACUGCCUGGGGUGAAUCUACAAACCCAGCACGUCAAGGGCCACUCCGGCUACGAGUGGAACGAGUUGGCUGACUCCAUUGCAAAGGCUGCCAUGAAGGGUAGCAAGCAGUUUGUCGAGGAUCACACCACAGCAGCUGAUACCUACGGCCUGGGCAACCAUGCCCGCUACAUUGAGGAACAAUGUGAACGAGAAGGCUAUGGUCUGGUCUUCUUGCAGGAGACCAAACAACCAGGCGGAAUCUGUUCCAGCCGCCGGUACCUCCGAUUGUCCACCGAUGGAUGCCGCCAUUGGGGAGUGGCGGUUUGGCUACGCAAACCAGGUGGAUUCAUCGAGCGCAACAACCAAGGUGUCGCCCCUGACGAGGCCAACAUUACUGUGGUACACGAGUCCCCACGGAUGUUGGCACUACGAGUCGCGCUCGAUGGCAUCUGUCUAGGGUUUGUUUCAGCGCAUUGCCCGCACGCCGGGCGCCCACAGGAACGCGACCAAUUCCUCGAGCUGUUUGGUGGAGUCCUGGCCCAGAUGAAGAAGUACCACCUCGUGGUUUGUGGUGUGGACUUAAACGGAAAGAUCCCGGCUGACUACCAGCAGGUCAGUGGAGACUAUGAGUGCGAAGAACCAGACCGUACAGGACAAAUGUGUGCCCGCCUUCUAUGGGAGAAUGGUGUAUGGGCACCAUCGAUGUUCUCGGCCCUACAUAAGGGCAGCCCUUGGACAUAUCAUCACCCCCUAGGAGGGGAAAGCCGCAUUGACUACCUGUUCAUUGGCGGCAAGGCGGUGAUCGAUGCCACCAAGAGUUAUGUCAGUGCAGCCUUGGACAAUGGCAGCCCCAAUGAUGAUCACAGAGCUAUCUGCCUGGAGGUGGUUGGUAAGUUGGAACAGGGUCGACAACGACCUAGGCUGCAACGUUUGAGGUUUGAUGGUGAUAAGAUCCGAUCUGCUGAAGGCAGAAAAUUGCUGGCAGCUGCCUGUAAGAGAUUCGAGCAACCGACAUGGGACACUCAUCCUGAUGAACAUUAUCAACGUGUACAGGAACAUUUGCUGGACACCUUGAAGGAAAACUUCGCGGUUGAGAAGGUCGGCUGCCAUGCAUCCUAUAUCCCGGACGAGAUCUGGGAGCUUCGCCAACAAAAGAACCGGCGUGGCGAGCAUGGAAAACAGGUACAGUGUUUAGCUUGGGCCGUGGAUGCGGCUGGUAUUGCCAAGGCGAAGGAUAAGUUCCUACGAAGUGUGGCUGCGGAGGGCCACCAAAAUGUGGGAGCGAUCAUGCAGCGAGCCAAGAGAGCGGGAAUUGGUUCGAAGGCGAGGAAGCCCUACUGCCGAGAACUACCGAAGUUGCUCAGCCCGACCACGGGCAAUGAGGCGACCUGUACUGCAGACAGAGAUGAGAUUUGGUUGCACUACUUCGGAGCGCAGGAGGAGGGCACCAUCAAAACAACCAGAGACUUUGUCGCGGAAGUGGCGGACUGGAGAGAAUCCAACUGCGGCGACUGGGAAUGGCAUCUUCUACCAUCAGCCCGGGACUUGGAGAAAGUCAUGAGGGAGAUGAAGCCUGGUAAGGCUGCUGGUUUGGAUCAAAUCCCCAGUGAUGUGAUGUGUGCCUGCCCUGCUGAGAUCACCCGGCUCAUGCAUGCACUCUAUCUCAAAACACUGAUUGUCGGCAGACAACCUCUACAAUGGCGUGGAGGAGUAUUGUUUGAGUCCUACAAGAACAGUGGCCAGAAGUGCCUUGCGGAAAACUACAGGAGUUUGUAUAUCUCCAGCUUCCCGGCCAAAGUCCUACACCGCGCAAUGCGGCAGAAGGUUGACGGGGAGAUCGAUGCUUCCUUGCACCCGCUGCACUGUGGAACCCGUCGAGGUAUGCCUAUCAGCUUCCCCUCGCUUUAUGUCACGAGUCACCUCAGGAGAUGUGCUAGGUUGAAAAAGCCGGCUGCGGUGCUAUUCAUUGACACGCGGAGCGCAUACUACAGAUUGGUCCGGGAUCUAGUGGUCGGAGAUCUCCAACAGGACCGGUCUGUUGAGGAGCUCUUCUACAAGUUUGGGUUGGAUGGCAAUGACAUCUCCGAAAUGAGGGACCUCAUCCGAGAUGGAGGCAUGCUACGCCAGGCUGGAACUCCAGAGCCGGUGCAGGCGGCAGUGCAGGAUUUCCAUCGCUACACAUGGUUUGCCUCAAAAUAUACGGACGGUGGCAAUCUAUGCCAUUCAGUUGCAGGAUCCCGCCCGGGAGCUUCAUGGGCGGAUUGUGUGUUCGCAUUUUUGUACACACGAAUCUUGCACCGGGUCCACGAGAUUUUGAUCGGAGAAGACAUCAAUGGGGCCUUACCGCAUGACCAAGAGGGAGGCCCUUUUGCCACCCACCCUGAAGGUCCAUGUGAACCAAUGUGGGAUACCACAUGGGCAGAUGAUACCGCCUAUGUGAUGGAGGGGGAGGACUCGCCGGGCCUCAUCCUGUGUGUUCGUCGUGUCACCAGUGUGGUCCUCACAGCCUUCCGAACCCACGGUCUGGACCCAAACCUGAAGCGCAACAAAACAAGUGUGUUAUUACGACUUUGUGGCCGCGGAGCGACAGCGGUGCGCAAGCAGGUGUUUGGGAGUGGCAAGCCGAUGAUCCAUCUCCCGGACCUGGAUGAAAGUGUUCAUGUGGUCCCAGUAUACAAGCACCUAGGUGCUCAGCUGGACCCUCAAGUGGCACUCAGACAGGAGCAGCGCUUUCGAACAGCAAUGGCUGCUGCAGCUUAUGACAGUGCCAAGGACUUGCUCCUGCACAACCGAGACCUGGGUCUUGAGACUCGGGUCUCUCUGUUCCGCAGUGCUGUGGUCUCCACGUACUUCAACCUGGAGAUAUGGGUGCCGAAGGGACCUAGUUGGGACACCAUGUGCGACAACUUCUCCAGACUAGUCCGUCGCCUCCUUUGCCGAACAAUUACGGACGACAACCUCUACAAGAUCCCAUUGCCACUUGCCCACUGGGCAACCGGAUGCUGGCCACUCGACUACUUUGCACGGAGGUCGAGGAUUUCGGCAUUGAUCUCAAUGGUUCGGUCGGGCCCCCCGUUGCUCUGGGCUAUGCUACAGAAUGAGGCGACGUGGUGUACGACGGUUUGCGCUGACCUACGGUGGAUGGUGCAUGGCGAUACAGAGCGCUGGCCCGAAAUAGGUCACCACGCAUGGCCACAGUGGUGGCAUCUACUGAAACAACAGCCGGACCGAGUGAAGCGUCGGGUGGCAAAGCGGAAUGCUGAGGAGUUCAUAGUGUUCCAGGAGGAAUCGGCGGUCCUGGUUUGCUUGUGGAGCCUCUACAGGACGAUUGCCCCGCCAACGUCGAGCCUCCUUGCCAAGGAGACAUGGAGUUGCCCUAUCUGCCAGAAGAAGUUUGCCAAAAGAUCCGGGUUGGGAGUCCACUUCUUCAAAACCCAUGGUCGGCAUGCCGAAUACCGGGAGUUCCUUGAUGGCAGCAGGUGCAAGGCUUGCAACAAGGAAUUCUGGACGAUAGGCCGAUUGGAGGAUCACCUCCGCUACUCCAACAAGUGUGUCCGAGUGUUGCGCCGGGACUACAAGCCGCAACAGACGAUCCCACCUGGCUAUGGAAGCACCAAGCGGCGCCAGAACGAGACGGCCAACUACACGCCAGCGGCGCCCACCCGGGUGGACGGCCCUCUGAAGGAGUCAGAGGAAGCACAGUGGAACCAAUGGCAACGAGCUCUUUAUCGGGGACUUUCAGAGACCAUCCUGGACGGCCAGGGUGGCGAUGACCUCGAUGACGUCGUUUCCACUGAGCUACGGAAACAGCCACUCUACCCUGACGAGAUCCGACAAGUCAUUGAGACCCUGAUCAGCGAGGUCGAGGAGAUCAAUGCCGACAAGGAUUUGGCACAAUGGAGCGAGCAGGAGUUCGAUCACAUUGUCCGCUCUGUCAGGGAAGGAUGCGAUAGAGUGUGCUGCCAGGAAGCGGAGGAGCUACUGGGGGACAACAGUCUCCUGAAAAGACAGCAGUUCCACCGACAAGCGGCAGGCCUUGAAUGGCAUGCCAUCGUCAACGACUACCUGUCCUCUGGUAACCAAACCAAAGAGGACGAGCACGGGACCCUGGAAAGUUCACUGUUUAUCCUGCCAGAUAACUGGGAAGCAGAGUGGAAUCGUGGUAGGGGUGAACUUUUGAACUCUGCCGUGCUCCGAAACCCGUUGUCGUUGUUGCCCGCAGUACUCAGGGAGGCUUGGGCCUGCGUUGUAAAGAAGCAAAGGCCAGAGGUCAGAGCCCCUGAGAAGUUCUGGGCACAUCCCGUAGCGGCACCGUACAGACCGCUCAGGGAAACUUGCAUCUGUUAA